CAUAGAAUCAAAUCGAUUUGAGUAAUAAGGAUAUGUUGACCAAAGAGUUUUGAUUUUCUGACAAGUGUGCACGCAUGGGGCAGUUAUCAGUUAUAUUUAUUUGCCUGGCGUCUGCGACGCUUCUCAGUGCAUACAAGAACCCACACUAUGCACCGGGAAGGUCCGUUAACGUCCACCUCUUCGAAUGGAAAUGGGAUGAUAUUGCUGACGAGUGUGAAAGAUUUCUAGGACCUAAAGGAUAUGCUGGCAUUCAGAUAUCUCCACCUAAUGAGAACGUGGUGCUGCGAGCAUACAACAGACCAUGGUGGGAGAGAUAUCAACCCAUGUCUUACCAACUGGUAACACGCUCUGGUAAUGAAAGACAAUUUGCAAAUAUGGUACGACGAUGCAAUGCAGUGGGAGUGAGGAUAUAUGUAGAUGCAGUCAUAAAUCACAUGACGGGUGAACCUCCAGAAAACGUGGGCACGGCUGGUAAUACUGGAAUCUUCAAAGAGUGGUACUAUCCCGCAGUACCGUAUAGGCGGGAGCAUUUUAAUUGGCCGCAUUGUGGUAUAAAAGGAUCUGACUAUCUUACUAAUGCUUGGAGGGUACGAAAUUGUGAACUCGUUGGCCUAAAGGAUUUAGACCAAAAAAAUGAGCAUGUUAGACAGAUGAUUGUUAACUUUAUGAACGAGCUUAUUGACCUUGGUGUUGCCGGAUUUAGAAUCGACGCCGCUAAACACAUGUGGCCGGAAGACUUAAAAAUCAUCUAUGAUAGACUAAAAAAUUUGAACACCUCACAUGGCUUCCCACAAAAUGCUCGUCCAUAUAUUUACCAAGAAGUUAUUGACUAUGGAGGCGAAGCAAUCAGCAGAGACGAAUACACUCCGAUCGGUGCUGUGACAGAAUUUAAAGUUGGGUUAGAACUUAGCAAAGCUUUCCGAGGUAAUAAUGCCCUAAGAUGGUUGUCCACCUGGGGACCAGCUUGGGGCCUAUUAGACACUAGAGACUCUCUAACCUUCAUUGAUAAUCAUGACAAUGAAAGAGGUCAUGGAGGAGGUGGUGGUAUUUUGACGUACAAAGAACCAAAACCAUACAAGGCUGCUAUAGGUUUUCUAUUAGCACAUCCAUACGGAGAACCUCAAAUUAUGAGUAGCUUCCGUUUCUGGGAUUCUGAAAUAGGCCCGCCUAUGGAUAGCAACCAAAACAUUAUAUCUCCAUCAAUAAAUUCUGACGGUUCAUGUGGUAAUGGUUGGGUUUGUCAGCACAGAUGGAGACAGAUUCAUAGUAUGGUCGGUUUUCGUAACGUAGCAGGUAAUACACAAGUUACUAACUGGUGGGAUAAUGGUAAUAAUCAAAUUGCGUUUUGCCGGGGGAACAGAGCUUUCAUCGCGAUUAAUGGAGAAAAUUGGAGUCUUAACCAGAACCUACAGACUUGCCUUCCUGCUGGUAGAUAUUGCGACGUAAUAUCUGGUGCCAAAGUUAACAAUUCCUGUAGCGGCAAGACCAUUACAGUUGGUAACGAUGGUCGAGCAUGGAUAACCAUCAGCCCACAAGAUUAUGACAUGUUUAUUGCUAUACACGUUGGAUCUGAUAGUCGUUUGUAAAGAUGCAACGACACGUACCCAAGUGUGAAGAAUGAAUUUAAUGAAGUGCUGAACACAAGGAUACCUUCAUGAAAUUGAAUAAAAAAAAAAACACUUUAUAAGUCUAU